ACAAAUUCAUGCCAUUACAGGUGCAUGGAAUUAUAGAUGGAAGACUGGGUUUGCUGUCUCUUUGGUUUUUGUGCGGUGUUUUCUCCAAUUGUCCUUGGCUUUCCAAGUGGAAAUAUCAGUCCAGCUUGUGAUUCAAUGUUACCUGUCCAUGAUAACUCUGUUUCACAAACUACUUCAGCACCUUACAAGAUCUCUAUAUCCAACACUUCAUUUGACCCAGGAAAUAAGAUCACAGUGACUCUACAAACAAUUGACAAUUCCAGUUUUGAAGGAUUUUUACUGCAGGCCCGGGCAGUUAGAGGAAAUAGUAUUGUUGGUACUUUUCAGAUCAUAGACCCUAACACGCAAGGUCUUUUGUGUAACCAACUUGAGAAUUCUUCAGUGAGUCACACAAGUUCCAGCAGAAAACAAUAUGUAACAGCAGUUUGGGUAGCACCUUCAGGCACAGGAAAUGUGCAAUUUAGAGCAACUGUUGUUCAGCAUUUCAAAGUUUUCUGGACUGAUGUCAGAAGUCAAACUCUUUUGUCUUCCAGUUCACCCACUAACUUAACCUCUGGACGUGAAGGCUGUGGCACACAGAAGUUCUGUUUCAGCAGUCCCCCUGGAUGUAAUCUGAAUGAUCCAAACUGUUAUUUUAUGUCUUCUGAGGCACAAGGUGGUGAUGCUUUUAAAUUUGAAAUGAGUGGUCUUUCUGAUGGAUAUGUGGCCAUUGGGUUUUCUGAUGAUACAGAAAUGGGGAAUGACGACAUUUAUAUUUGUGGUAAGAAUGCCACAGGACAAAUAGAAGUUCAACAUGCCUUUUCAACAGGACAAACUGCUCCCAACAUUUUGCCUUUGGGUGAUGUGCAGAUCACAAUGACUUCCUUUAAUAGUGGAAAAAUCAGCUGCUCCUUCAUUACAAGAAACGCCAUAUCAACUCAGUUAAAAGCCGCUAGCAGUUUGUACUUCAUAUUUCUGGCCCAUGGACCAUCAACAGCUGGACAGAUAUACAUUCAUUCUAGGACACCUUUCAUCACUCCUCGGAAAGUAAAUAUUUCAAGCUAUGAAGCAGUAGGAGCCACCGAUUCUUCACAUUCUAUUAUUAAGGCUCACGGGGCCCUGAUGUUGAUAGCCUGGAUGACCACGGGAAGUUUAGGAAUGAUAUUUGCUAAGUAUUUGAAGAAUGUUAUCAACACAACUCUCCUUGGGAAAGAUAUUUGGUUUCAGAUUCAUUUGUUUCUGAUGGUGAUAACUGUUGCAGAAACAAUAGCUGCUUUUGUGCUGGCCUUUGUAGAAGAAAUGGGAUGGAACAGUGAUACAAGCGACCAUGGUAUCAUCGGAUGCAUUGUCAUGAUUCUUUCCUUCUUUCAACCAGUGAUAGCUUGCUUCCGGCCUUCUCCUGAAAGUAAGAGGAGAUUUAUUUUUAACUGGUUUCAUGCUCUAAAUGCUCUCGUCAUAAAGGUCCUGGCUGUUGCUGCCAUAUUUCUGGGACUGCAGUUAUUUGACACCUCUCCCAGCCUGUGGAUGGUCAAAACUAUGGGAGGAUUUGUAGGAUGGGAGGCAUUAGCGUACAUAAUGCUUGAUGCAAAUGCUUGGUUGAAAAAGAAAGAGAAAUAUGAAGAUCCACCUAAUAAGAUAAAAAAUGAAAUUAUUAUAUUUUUAAUAUAUACAUGUGGAAACCUGGCAUUUGUAAUAGCACUGCUUGUGGGAAUUGGAAAAUCCUAAAAUUGACAGGAUUUAUCUUGGAAAAAUGAAGAUUAUUCCUAUCUUGAGAUUCUUCUAGAACAAAUACAAAGAAACAAUGAACAUUGAAUACAAGUUUUAGCAAGCUUUUAAUUUUGUUUGUUUAUAAAUAGUAUUUUAGGUUCUCUAAUUGACACAUUUUCUACACAAUAAUGCAAAAUAAAUUUUAUAGUGAGAUUCUAUUAGCUAGUUAUUGGAGAUGUUCUACACGUUAUAGCAGAUAAUUAUUUCCAACAUGGGAAAAGUAAGAAGGCAAUAUAUAAAUGCCAGGUGUUUAUAGUUGUUUCAUAUGACACUCCUUUCUAAACUUUGUUAAUGUUUCCAUCUUUAACAAGAAAAGAUUUCUUUGUGCAAAGAAAGUUGAGGACCUGAUUUUCAUGAGACUAAUUUAUGCUCCAAUUCUUGCACCGAGAACUUCACAGGCAAAUUUCUGUGCCCACCUGGGGUCCUGUUGACCUCAGGAUUUCAGUAAAGCUCAGUGCAGGCUCAUAGAUCCAUCUACAACAGGGGUGGGCAACAUACUGUCUGUGGGCUAGAUCCAGCUCACCAAGCCACCUGAUCUGGCCUUGGGAGCCUCAGCCAGGCUCCCUGCCUGCCCACUCCCACACUCUUGUCUUCACACAUUGUCCCUGCCCCUAGUACAAUCUCAAAGCUCCCAUUGGCCAGUUUCACACAUUGUCCCUGCCCCUAGUACAAUCUCAAAGCUCCCAUUGGCCAGUUUCACACAUUGUCCCUGCCCCUAGUACAAUCUCAAAGCUCCCAUUGGCCAGUUUCACACAUUGUCCCUGCCCCUAGUACAAUCUCAAAGCUCCCAUUGGCCAGUUUCACACAUUGUCCCUGCCCCUAGUACAAUCUCAAAGCUCCCAUUGGCCAGUUUCACACAUUGUCCCUGCCCCUAGUACAAUCUCAAAGCUCCCAUUGGCCAGUUUCACACAUUGUCCCUGCCCCUAGUACAAUCUCAAAGCUCCCAUUGGCCAGUUUCACACAUUGUCCCUGCCCCUAGUACAAUCUCAAAGCUCCCAUUGGCCAGUUUCACACAUUGUCCCUGCCCCUAGUACAAUCUCAAAGCUCCCAUUGGCCAGUUUCACACAUUGUCCCUGCCCCUAGUACAAUCUCAAAGCUCCCAUUGGCCAGUUUCUGGCCAAAGUACCACACAAAGUACCUCUCCAGCCUUGCUGUGUUCAAAGCCACACAUGGUGCCUGCAGCCGUCAUGGAAGGAAGGGACCCUGGCUGAGGAACCUGCUGGGCUGUUGGCUGGGAGCACCCAAGUAAGCACCUCCUGGCCAACCUCCAUCCCAGACCCCGCACUUCCUCCAUUGAUAUAAUAGAAAAGUGUGAUCCUUGACCACUUACCAAAUUCUUGGAGUGGUCACCUCCCUUAAAAAAAUUGUUGUGCACUCCUGAUCUACAAGGUUGUCAGUGAAGAUCAGGGCCAUGGAGUGCGUCUACCCUGAAUCUGGAAAGUGUAAUUCCAGCUCAAGAAGAUAUGCCUGUGCUCUCACUGAUCAAACUAUCCCUCAAAUAACAGUGUAGCUAUGGUAGCACAAGCGUCAGGACAAGCUAGCUACCCCAAAUGCAUAUAUAUGGCUUGGCGAGAAUUAUAUGUGGGGGAGCUAGCCCAUGCUGUCCUCAUGCCAUGAUACCCUACAUUUUAUAGCAGCUGCUUAAUCAGAGCUAAGGUAUCUAUGUCUCCAUGAGCUGGAAUUUACCUUCCAGUUCCCAGACUACUGUACUGUAGACUGCUGCUCUCAUUGAUGUCAGCCAAAAAACUCCCUCUGUCUUUCAUGGUGCAGAAUUUGACUUAUAGUCAGUGCCUGACUUUGUUCAUGCUUGUUCAGAUUGAAUGGGUAUUUUUGAUAUCAUGCCCUCAAAUGCUCACAACUUUCUUUUUUAGGCUGAAAAUAGGAACAGGUGGUGGUUACAUAAUGAAAUUUUAAAAUGCAGAUAUGUUUUGAAAAUAGUAAAGAUCCCAGAACCCGUGAUGUACUCUGUAUAUGCUUUUUUUUUAAUGGAUUAUAGUUCAUGGUAGUUUUCAAAAUGCAAUGUGCAUAUGAUGAAUAAUAAA